GCGGCGCGGCUGAUUCAAGAUGGCGGAGCUGGAGCAGCUGCUAGACGAAAGCUCUUCAGCUAAAGCUCUUGUGAGUCUGAAAGAAGGUAGUUUGUCAAACACCUGGAAUGAGAAACACAGUACACCAAAGUCUCAAAACUCAAAGGGAAGAAAUACUUUUCAAAUGGAAACUCCAACGAGAAGUUCCAAGAGGAGCCGUUUGACCUGUGAUGAGGAUGACCGAGAGAUCAACUCCAGGUCUCCCAGAAGAAGCCAGAGAGUGACAACUGUGCCUCAGAAAUUUGCUAAUAUUUCGACACCAGAUAAGAAAGUUUCACAAAGAAUCGGAUUGAGAUUGCGAAACCUCCUGAAACUCCCCAAAGCACACAAGUGGUGUAUUUAUGAGUGGUUCUAUUCAAAUAUUGACAGGCCUUUAUUUGAAGGAGACAAUGACUUCUGUCUCUGUCUGAAGGAGUCCUUUCCGAACUUAAAAACAAGAAAGUUAACCCGGGUAGAGUGGGCGACAAUCAGACGGCUAAUGGGAAAGCCAAGACGGUGUUCGUCCGCGUUCUUCGCAGAAGAGCGGUCAGCACUGAAGCAGAAAAGGCAAAAAAUGCGGUUGCUGCAGCAGAGGAAGUUCACCGACGUGUCGCACUGCAAAGACCUGCCAGAAGAGAUCCCGCUGCCUUUAGUGAUCGGGACCAAAGUCACCGCUCGCCUGAGAGGGGUCCACGACGGCCUGUUCACAGGGCAGAUUGAUGCAGUGGACACCAGUGCUGCCACCUACCGAGUAACCUUCGACAGAAACGGUUUGGGAACGCACACGGUCCCUGACUAUGAAGUCCUUAGCAACGAACCUCACGAAACGAUGCCCAUCUCCGCAUUCGCUCAGAAACAGAGGCCGUCUCGGUUCCAGUCGCUGGUGACCCCUCCCCGCUUGCCUUACCCCUCCUCCGCUCAGCCCGCUAUGAUGGGAAAUGACCCACUACUGGGUCAGUCACCGUGGAAGAACAAACUAUCUGGCACAGAGGGUGACACCCUGGGCGGAUUCCCCGUCAAAUUCCUUGUACAAGUUACAAGACUGUCCAAAAUACUCAUGAUUAAGAAGGAACACAUAAAGCAGCUGAAAGAAAUGAACACUGAAGCUGAGAAGUUGAAAUCGUACUCGAUGCCGAUAGGAUUCGAGUUUCAGAAGAGGUAUGCAACCAUUGUGCUGGACCUGGAGCAGCUGAAUAAGGACCUCAACAAAGUCUUACACGAGGUGCAGCAGUACUGCUAUGAGUUGGCCCCAGAGCAGGGCAUGCAGGCGGCCAACCAGCCCACAGACCUGAGGCGGCGCUGUGAAGACCAGGCCCAGGAGAUGGUCCGACAGGCCAACGCCCUCCCCGGCGGCCAGCACUGUGUCCACAGCCAGAGCCUCAGCGACCUCAUCUCGGGCCUCACUGCUCUACUGCUACAGAUUAAGUGUUUGGCUGAGGGAAAUGACUUGAAUUCAUUUGAAUUUAAAUCGCUAACAGACUCUUUAAAUGACAUCAAGGACUCAAUAGAUGAUUCCAACCUCAGCUGUUUUCAGAACAACGUAGAGAUCCAUGUGGCUCACAUUCAGAGUGGCUUGAGUCAGAUGGGCAAUCUUCAUGCCUUUGCUGCCAACAACACCAACAGAGUUUGAAGUUCAUCACCCUUUCAGUGUUGUAUAGUAAAAGUCUGAAAAUCUGUUCACUGUAUAUAAUGUCAAACUGGUAUUUAAAUGUUAUGUCCACAGACCUCAACAGUGGAAGUACUAUACCAAUCUCAUACACACCUCCAGCUUUCUCGAUUUAAAUGUUGUGAUAAUGCCUCCAGGCUAUUUAAAUGGCAGGUCCAACUCUGGAUAUUCAGUGUCUGUUUUCAAGAAUGUUUGUAUGAUCUCCAUUUGUUCUCAUACACUUUAUUGUACUCCCAGAAAAUUAUCUUCAGGUUACCAGAUCUUGCAUUAAUAGGAACCCCCACCCCACCACACCACACUACAGAUUUUACAUUCGUAUUUUAAACGUCAUCUUCGGUCAAGUUUGCCUGCUAAUAUUGCCAGUUGCGCAUUUUUUAAAGAUUCUGUUCAUUAUAUAAAACAACUGUUGGUAUUCUAAAAUUGAUUUCACCUGAGCACAAGUUGUUUGUGAUUCACACUUUAACUACACCACCUGUAAAUGUAAUGUGAAAUGAUACAGAUGUUAUAUGUUCUGUGGGGCAACGUUUCUGUUUGCAAAGCAACAACUGGCUGAUUUAUUCCAGACAAAAACGAUAAGUUCAGGAGAGAUUCUCUUCACUUCUUUAAGAAGUGGCCCCUGUUCUGCAUAAACUUGCUUGAGAAUGGCCCUGUGCAUUUGAGCGUUGCUGGUGGGGUUAAACAAACCUGUUGACAUCUUUGUGCCAAACAGGACUUCAAGCAGCUUCUUUGUACUGUUCAUUGUACAACAUUUAAUUUAUGUCAGGUGUGUCAGAAUACACACAAUUGUUUAACCUUGUUCUGAAGAAUUGCAGGAUGUGUAAAUGCUCAAUGAAAAUAAGGUUUUUAAUAUUUUACCUUGUUGCCAUUAUCUCUUAAUGAUGGAGGGAUAUAUGCAGGAUAAUUUUUUCCAAUAGAGAGGACAUAUUUUUUAUAAUUUACUAUAUUCCUGUUAGAGCAGGCAUGGAAAGGCUCCCCAUUUUAAACUUUUCCAGAAAGACUAUUUGUAGUGUUUUUACAUGAUUCUAAAAAUGUAAAGGCAGUCAUCUUUGACAAGUGUGUAGGCUUUAUUGUACAUGCGGUUCAGGACACCUUGAGAAUUUAGAGGUGACUUUUAUACUUUUCUGUAAGUACAUUGAUACAAUUUUUAUCCUCAGUUUUUAUAUAAGGUUAUCACUUUGCUAUUUUUCUAAAGCAGAGUUCUCUUCAUCUUGACGAGCACACCCAUAUGUUCAGUAUAUUUAUGGGUGACUACCCUCCUUCCCUUGAUUAUGUAAAUACCUAAAAAAUGUAGGUAGGACCCCGUCCUCCUCCCCCAAACAUAUUUGCAGGUAACUUGCAGCUAUUGUAUAUAUUACAUCACUGACAACUUCACAUGAAAAUUGAACAGGCCCAAAAUGUAAUGACUAUUUAUAACUUGAGUUCACUGGGUGGGUGUGUAAGCAGUUUGAGCAUUCUAGCUAAGCUUGUGCAUUUGUAAGUAUUUUUUUCUUGCAGGUUAUUUUAAUUAAAAUUUGUCUUUAAACAAA